UAGAAACCUGCGGGCAUUUGGAAACGUGAGGAGCACACAUAAAUGAUAUGUGUGCACGCACGACCAGGCGAUUAAAUGACCAAUCCUUGGACAGUAGCCACGUCAGCUACUGCGGUGGGACUAUCCAGCACCCGCUUCUUUUUCACCCGCUCCGCCAUCCUCCGCCGUCAACCCUCACCGUGUUACGGCGUGGCCACCAUGAGCGCCACCGGAGAACAAAACUUCAGUUCGGACGCUGCCCAUUUGGAAACAAUUUUCAAGCAGAAAAAGGCCCUCCGUUCUGUUGUGAAAAGAGAUCUCAAGUCCAUGGAUCCCACCCUUAGAUCCCAAGAAGAUGAAGCAAUACAAAGGAUUGUAAUGGAGGCUCCAUGGUUUAAGGCUUGCAAGAGAUUGUGUGCUUACAUAAGCUGUAGUGCUUUGCGAGAAGUAGAUACAACCCGAAUACUAUCUCAUAUUCUCGGAAGCCAUUCAGAGGAUUUGCAGAUGCAAAAGAAGCUUUUUGUUCCAAGAGUGGAGGAUAGGAACAGAAACAUGCGAAUGCUUCACAUCUCAAGCACUAACGAUUUGAUUGCAAAUUCAAUGGACAUUCUGGAACCAGCUCCAGUCGAUGCUGAUGGAAAUGAACGUGAAGAUGUAUUGUUCGCAAAUGAGCCUGUUGAUUUGUUUCUUUUACCUGGACUUGCAUUUGAUAAAGCUGGAAGACGGUUGGGCCGCGGUGGAGGUUACUACGACACCUUUUUGUCAAGAUAUCAAGAGCUUGCAAUGGAGCGGAAUUGGAAGCAACCUCUCAAAAUUGCACUUUGUUACUCAGUGCAGAUAGUGGAUGAGGGUACUAUACCACUAACUCCAAAUGAUAUUCUUGUGGAUGCACUUGUAUCACCUUCCGGUGUGAUUCCUAUUAGUCCAGCUGCGCUGGAGAUACACCAUUGAAAAGAUGCUCUUUUAAACACGAAAGCCUCAGGAGAGUCCCCAGUCACAGCAUCAUCAAAGAGGUGGGGAAGGAAUCACACCUUACUGAAUUCUGAUCCAACAACAACAAACCCAGUUUAAUCCCAUACGUGGGGUCUGGGGAGGGUAGUGUGUACGCAGCCUUACCCCUACCCGAUACAGGCAGAGAGGCUGUUUUCAAUUAGUGAAUUCUGAUCCAAGCAUAUAAUACUACUGCGGUCAUGGGCAAGGAUAAUAGCUUGUUCUAUUUUCUUGAGAAAUGGCAUCUGGAGGAAGAGGUUAUUAUUAUGAAAUGAUCUGUUGUUGUAGGUUUGGUAGCCCAUGUGUAUAAAUUGAUUUGAACCAUUUAUUUGUGGUAACAUAUAUGAAUGACCAUUAUCCCCUAUCUCUCAGGGUAGGCAGCAAGUGGUACAACCCUGUAUCAGAGUUCUCCAAAUGGGAUAACAUAUGAAUACAUGUCAUAUUAGAGACAUGUAGGGGUGGCAUAUGGACGGUUUGGGCUGAAUUUGGAUGGAUCAAAAUGGGUUGUGUCAAUAGAUGGGUCAUUGCCCAACCCACCUAUUGAUAGUGGGGCGUGGUUGACAAUCUCAUUCAGAUCAUACUCAAUAUUAUGCAAUACCAAGGAAACGAGGCUUGUGUUAAUAUUGUUAUCGUUAUACAACCUAAGGCCCUCAAAUGACCUGAAUGCGAUGUACUUACAGUUGGAUUUUUACUUUUAUAUAGAUCAAAACA